CGAGUUCAGUCAUCCAAAAAAGCUUCUUCCAUAUGGAGGGACCGGGUGCGCAGGGCGCGGCGUCCCCUGCCUUGUCCUACUGCUGCCGCCGCCACGGGCCCGGCUCCCUGCCGCUGGCACCCUGAGCCCCGGCCCGCGGGUGUCAGCCGCCGCGCGCGCGCGCGCGCACGCACACUCACACUCACACACACACACACACACACUCACGCCCGCUGCAGCCACAAGCGCCCGCACGCGCCUUCCCUCCCCGGCCGGCCACUUCUUGGUCCCGGUCUCCUUUGUUGCUCCCGCUGCGGCCACUCUCCCGUUUUGUGUGUCCCCGGGUGUCAGUGCGGGUUGUGUGUCCGUGCGGCGCGGGGCUGUGCGGUUCUCUCCGCGCCCACCGCGCUGGCCCCAGGGCCCCGGCUCGCCCGUCCCAGGAACCGGCUGCAUCAGAGGCCCAGAACAAGCUUCCUGCAUCCCAUGACCCAUGAAGUCUUGUCAACAUCCACACAGCCUGAGGGUCUCGGCGAUGGAGUAGAAGAAGUAGCAGAGUGUGGCAGGAGAUUGCAGUACCUCAUUGAGUGACUCCAGUGGCUUAUGGGUCUUUGGCUUUGGACCCUCUGUGACACACCAUGCUGCGUGGGAUGAUGACGACGCAGAGAGGACAGAGGCCUGGAAUCAUACUUGCUUGCCUCCUCCUGGCCACAGCGGGCUGCUUCGCCGACCUGAACGCAGUCCCUCAGGUCACUGUCCAGCCUUCUUCCACCGUCCAGAAGCUCGGGGGGACUGUGAUCCUGGGCUGCGUGGUGGAACCGCCCUGGAUGAACACCACCUGGCGCCUGAAUGGGAGGGAGCUGAACAGCUCGGAUGACGCCCUGGGCAUCCUCAUCACCCGUGGGACCCUCGUCAUCACCACCCUCGACAACCACACCGUGGGACGGUACCAGUGUGUGGCCCGGAUGCCUGCAGGGGCUGUGGCCAGCGUGCCAGCCAGCGUGACACUAGCCAAUCUCCAGGACUUUAAGUUAGACGUGCAGCACGUGAUUGAAGUCGACGAGGGGAACACGGCGGUCAUUGCCUGCCACCUUCCUGAGAGCCACCCGAAAGCCCAGGUCCGAUACAGCGUCAAACAGGAGUGGCUGGAGGCCUCCAGAGAUAACUACCUGAUCAUGCCAUCGGGGAACCUGCAGAUUGUGAACGCCAGCCAGGAGGACGAGGGGAUGUACAAGUGUGCCGCCUACAACCCAGUGACGCAGGAAGUGAAAACCUCGGGCUCCAGCGACAGGCUGCGCGUGCGCCGCUCCACUGCUGAGGCUGCCCGCAUCAUCUACCCCCCCGAGGCCCAGACCAUCGUUGUCACCAAAGGCCAGAGUCUCAUCCUGGAGUGUGUGGCCAGUGGGAUCCCACCCCCGAGGGUCACCUGGGCCAAGGAUGGGUCCAGUGUCGCCAGCUACAACAAGACACGCUUCCUGCUGAGCAACCUCCUCAUCGACACCACCAGCGAGGAGGACUCGGGGACCUAUCGCUGCAUGGCAGACAACGGGGUCGGGGAGCCUGGGGCUGCGGUCAUCCUCUACAACGUCCAAGUGUUUGAACCCCCUGAGGUCACCAUGGAGCUGUCCCAGCUGGUCAUCCCGUGGGGCCAGAGCGCCAAGCUCACCUGUGAGGUGCGCGGGAACCCCCCUCCGACCGUGCUGUGGCUGAGGAACGCUGUGCCCCUCACCUCCAGCCAGCGCCUCCGACUGUCCCGUCGGGCCCUGCGGGUGGUCAGCAUGGGGCCUGAGGACGAAGGCGUCUACCAGUGCAUGGCUGAGAAUGAGGUUGGGAGUGCCCACGCCGUGGUCCAGCUGAGGACCACCAGGCCAGGCACCACCCUGAGGCCAUGGCGGGAUGCUCAGCCAGACACCACCACACCUCGCACGCCACCCUCCAGACCUGGAAGCCCUGACCAGAUGCUGAAGGGCCACCCGGGGCCCCUGAGGCCCCCGGUGUUGGUGCAGCCGGCUUCCACACAGUGCCCCGGAGAGCAGGGGCAGGUGGCUCCAGCCGAGGCGCCCGUCAUCCUCAGCUCGCCCCGCACCUCCAAGACUGACUCAUAUGAGCUGGUGUGGCGGCCCCGGCAUGAGGGCGGCAGCCGGGCGCCCAUCCUCUACUAUGUGGUGAAACACCGCAAGCAGGUCACAAACUCCUCUGACGAAUGGACCAUCUCUGGCAUCCCAGCCAGCCAGCACCGCCUGACCCUCACCAGACUCGACCCUGGGAGCUUGUAUGAGGUGGAGAUGGCAGCUUACAACUGUGCAGGUGAAGGCCAGACGGCCAUGGUCACCUUCCGAACUGGACGGCGGCCCAAACCCGAAAUCAUAGCCAGCAAGGAGCAGCAGAUCCAGAGAGAUGACCCUGGAGCCGGCCCCCAGAGCAGCAGCCAGCUGGACCAUGGCCGCCUGUCCCCCCCAGAAGCUCCAGACAGGCCCACGAUCUCCAUGGCCUCUGAGACUUCAGUGUAUGUGACCUGGAUUCCCCGUGGGAAUGGUGGCUUCCCAAUCCAGUCCUUCCGCGUGGAGUACAAGAAGCUAAAGAAAGUGGGGGACUGGAUUCUGGCCACCAGCGCCAUCCCGCCCUCCCGGCUCUCGGUGGAGAUCACCGGCCUGGAGAAAGGCACGUCCUACAAGUUCCGAGUCCGCGCUCUGAACAUGCUGGGGGAGAGCGAGCCCAGCGCCCCCUCCCGGCCCUACGUGGUGUCGGGCUACAGCAGCCGCGUGUACGAGCGGCCCGUGGCCGGCCCUUACAUCACCUUCACCGACGCCGUCAACGAGACCACCAUCAUGCUCAAGUGGAUGUACAUUCCAGCAAGUAACAACAACACCCCAAUCCAUGGCUUUUAUAUCUAUUACCGGCCCACAGACAGCGACAAUGACAGUGACUACAAGAAGGACAUGGUGGAAGGGGACAGAUACUGGCACUCCAUCAGCCACCUGCAGCCGGAGACCUCCUACGACAUUAAGAUGCAGUGCUUCAACGAAGGCGGGGAGAGCGAGUUCAGCAACGUGAUGAUCUGUGAAACCAAAGCUCGGAAGUUUUCUGGUCAGCCUGGGCGACUCCCACCCCCAACUCUGGCCCCACCUCAGCCACUGCCCCCUGAAACCAUGGAGCGGCCAGUGGGCACCGGGGCCAUGGUGGCCCGCUCCAGCGACCUGCCCUACCUGAUUGUCGGGGUCGUCCUGGGCUCCCUUGUCCUCAUCAUCGUCGCCUUCAUCCCCUUCUGCUUGUGGAGGGCCUGGUCUAAGCAAAAACAUACAACAGAUCUGGGUUUUCCGCGAAGUGCCCUUCUGUCCCCCUCCUGCCAGUACACUAUGGUACCACUGGGAGGGCUCCCCGGCCACCGAGCCAGUGGGCAGCCCUACCUCAGUGGCACCAGUGGGCGGGCCUUUGCCAGCGGCGUCCGUGUGAACAGGGCCUGCCCUGCGGCUGCCGCGGGCUACGGGGGCCUGAAGUCUCAGCUGCACUGCCCAGGGGAGCUCCAGCAGCAGGAGGACCCCGCCAGCGUGCUGCGGCAGACCGUUCUCGGCAGUGGACCUGACCCCCGCGGGCACCGGAGUCCCAGGGGUCCCGCAUCCAGCCUGGACGAGGGCACCUUCUUGUACACACUGCCCGAUGACUCAACGCACCAGCUGCUCCCGCCCCACCAGGACUGCCACCACCUCCAGGAGCAGCCUGCAGCCGUGGGCCAGCCAGGCGUCAGGAGUGUCCCCCAGAGUCCUGGGCUGGAAGCGACAUGGGACCCUCUUUUUCACCCAGGGCCGCCGUGCUGCUUGGGCCUCGUCCCGGUUGAAGAGGUGGACAGUCCUGACUCCUGCCCAGCGGGCAGAGGAGACUGGUUUCCCCAGCACCCCACGGGGGCCUACGGAGGGCAGGAACGUGGGAGGCGGCUCUCCCCCAGCCCACCGGUGCCCGUGGCUUUUGAAACACCACCUCCUACAAUUUAGGCAGAAGCCGCUAUCCCAGAAAGACUAUAUAUAUAGUGUUAUUUGUUUUGUUUUUUUUUCAAAGAAGAAAGUGGUAUUUAUUUUUCUAUAAUAGCCAUAUUUAUAUAUUUAUGCACUUGUAAAUAAAUGUAUAUGUGUUUGUAUACUUCUGGAGCAACAUAGGGAAUCCUGCCCACUGGGGCAGGAGAGGGAAAACAAAGAAGCAACGACCAAACAGGUGUCAACUGGGAAAGAGCAACACCCACUGAGGCGGCAGCUGCCCGGGAGGCUGCGGGGGCGCCCAUGGAGGGAGGCUCCUCGGCACGCCGACCAGUGACCGGGAGGAAAAGGCCAGGGCUGCGAGAAGCCUUUUCAGACGAUGCCCGUGAGUCUAAGAUGUGUAUAGUCCUAUAAGCAUUAACAGGUCUUCCAGAAUCAGUAAUCUGCGGCAACAUAUCUCUGUACAAAUAAACACUGUAACGUCUAAAUAAAUGUCUAGUCUCCCUUGUAA